AUGCAAUCUAGCUCUCUUGAGAAUAUGUUGAAGGAGUAUAUAGUGAAGAAUGAAACAAUUAUCAAAAGCCAAGCAGCAUCAUUGAGAAACUUAGAAAACCAAGUUGGUGGGAAAGAGUUGGAGCAUCCCAAGACAAAUUCUGGGCAUAAGGGUGAGCCCUCUUCAUUCAAAAUAAAUGAGGAAAUCCAAAAAGAUGCUGAAAUUCCUAGUGUACAAAAAUCUACCUCUGCCCAGAAUGUUGGAGGAAUGCCGCAGCAUAAGCACCCAGACAGCUCAAUUUCAAAGCAGCCACCUCCAUUUCCCCAACGUUUUCAGAAGCAAAAGUUGGAUUCGCAAUUCAAGAAAUUUUUAGAUAUGUUAAAGCAGUUGCAUAUCAACAUCCCACUUGUAGAGGAACUUGAGCAAAUGCCUAACUAUGUGAAAUUCAUGAAAGAUGUUCUUACAAGGAAGAGAAGUAUUAAUUUGAUGUCAAUGUCUGUUUUCAUGCAAUUGGGGAUCGGACAAGUUAGACCUACUACAGUUACUCUUCAACUUGCAUAUAGAUCUCUUGCUCAUCCAGAUGGGAAGAUUGAAGAUGUGUUUGUGAGGGUAGACAAAAUCAUAUUCCCUACUGAUUUUAUUGUGCUAGACUAUGAGGCGGAUAGAGAGGUGCCCAUUAUCUUAGGGAGGUCAUUUCUUGCAACAGGAAGAACUUUAAUAGAUGUGCAGAAGGGUGAGCUUAUUAUGAGGGUCCAAGAUGAAAAGGUAACUUUUAAUGUUUUUAAGGCUAUGAUAUUUCCUGUUGAGGUUGAGGAAUGCUCAAUGGUUUCAGUGGUAGAUUCUUUGGCAUCAAAUGAGUUUGAGACUAGUAAUGUUGAUGAUCCAUUAGAGAGGUUAUUGUUGUUUAACUCUCACAAUGAUGAAGAUGAGGAGGAGUACUUAGCUUGGUUGGAGGCUAAUUCUCAAGGGUUAAGAACAAGAGGCCGAUUUGAUUCAUUAGAGUUGUCGUCUAGGGAGUUCAAAGCUCCUAAACCAUUGAAAGUCUUGCCAUCACAUUGGUAA